CUCAUGGCAUUGCCCAGCAACAAUUCUGCUGUUCCAGUCUCUGAAUUCCUUCUCAUCUGCUUCCCUAAUUAUCAGAGUUGGCAGCACUGGCUGUCCCUGCCCCUCAGCCUCCUCUUCCUCCUGGCCAUGGGGGCCAACACCACUCUCCUGAUCACUGUCUGGCUGGAGGCCUCUCUGCACGUGCCCAUGUACUACCUGCUCAGUCUCCUUUCCUUGUUGGACAUCGUACUCUGUCUCACUGUCAUCCCCAAAGUCCUCGCCAUCCUCUGGUUUGACCUCAGGUCCAUCAGCUUCUCUGCCUGUUUCCUCCAGAUGUUCAUCAUGAACAGUUUCCUCCCCAUGGAGUCCUGCACAUUCAUGAUCAUGGCCUAUGACCGCUAUGUGGCCAUCUGCCACCCUCUGCGGUACCCAUCCAUCAUCACAGACCAAUUUGUGGCCAAGGCUAGUGUUUUCAUUGUGGCCCGAAAUGCCCUUCUCACUGCACCUAUUCCUAUUCUUACUGCCCGGCUCCAUUAUUGUGGGAAAAAUGUCAUUGAGAACUGCAUCUGUGCCAACCUUUCUGUCUCCAGGCUCUCCUGUGACAAUUUCACCCUCAACAGAAUCUACCAAUUUGUAGCUGGUUGGACCUUGCUGGGCUCAGAUUUCAUCCUCAUCUUUCUCUCCUACACCUUCAUCCUAAGAGCUGUGCUUAGAUUCAAAGCGGAAGGAGCUGCAGUCAAGGCUCUGAGUACGUGCGGCUCCCACUUCAUCCUCAUCCUCUUCUUCAGCACCAUCCUGCUGGUUGUGGUGUUGACAAAUGUGGUGAGAAAUAGGGUUCACAUGGACAUCCUCAUUCUGCUCAAUGUCCUUCAUCACCUCAUCCCCCCUGCCUUGAACCCUAUUGUAUAUGGGGUUCGGACCAAAGAGAUAAAACAAGGAAUCCAGAAAUUGCUGCAGAGAGGGAUGUGACUAUGUGCAAGAGAUUACUAAUCCCUCAUCUCUCUCCUCCUCUGUGAUUUUGCCUGGAUGCUGAGAUAGAGAAAUGUUUUGGGAGCAAACAUAUUACACACUGAGGCUCAGUUUAAUAACUGAUCCAGUUUCCUACCUUGACUCUCCUUGCUGGUUCAAGUGGAGGUAGGCAAGGAGAAGAAACCCAUAUUUCUUAAGUAACAGCUUUGAACCCAGGUAAUUAUAUUUAAGCAACUUAACUAAACGUCCCUGCAGGUAUUAUUCCUUCCAUUUUACAUACUAGAAAACAGUUUCUUCUAAGAGGGGAAACUGCCAACUAUUACAUAUCUGGGACGCUAUAGAACACAGAUUAAACUCCAGCUCUACAGCCUUUCUACCCACAGAAAUGUCAAUUUGAGUAUAUUUGAGACUGGAGACCAGGCUUCCAUCCCAUUCUCCUUUGGACUGUGUUUUUGCCUUGUUAUUGUGCAUAUGUAUUUCUUACCUGUACUUCCUUGUGAGCCAGGGGUUUCUCAGAGAAGGCAGA